AUGCCGAGUUAUGUGAAAUUUCUCAAGGAUAUUCUCACCAACAAGAGAAGGAUUGGGGAAAAUGAAACAUUUGCACUAACAUAUGAGUGUGGCACUCUGUUUCAAAACAAUCUCCCUACUAAAAUGAAGGACCCGGGGACUUUUACAUUGCCCUGCACCAUAGGAGGGAAGAUGGUAGGAAACGUGCUGUGUGAUUUGGGGGCAAGCAUAAAUUUGAUACCCAUGUCAAUUUUUAAGAAGUUGGACAUCGGUGAAGCAAGGCCAACCAUGAUCACAUUACAGCUAGCCAAUAGAUUGAUAAAGCUUCCUGAAGGCAAGAUAGAAGAUUUUCUCGUGCAAGUGGACAAGUUUAUCUUCCCAGCAGACUUUGUAUUGGAUUAUGAGGCCGAUAGAGAAAUCCCUAUCAUCCUGGGAUGCCCAUUUCUCGCCACAGGGCGAGCGUUAAUCGAUGAGCAGAAAGGAGAGUUGACCAUCCGAGUCGAUGAUCAAGAAGUAAAAUUCAACGUACUCAAUGCGUUGAAGUACCCAGAAGAUAUAGAGAACUGCCAAUAUAUCGAGAAGCUGUAUGGAGAAUAG